UCACGCUCGCGGGGGGACGCCUCGCUUGGUCUCAUCUUCCUCGCCGCUCUUUCUUCUUCUCGAUUCAAAACUCCAAGCCCCUUCUCCCCUCCCCUCCUCUCACCACCCCCCAAAACCCUACCACAUCCUCCUCCACCGACGCCAGCCAUGGCGUCGCGUCGCCCCCGUGACGUCCGCGACCCGGUGCUGGACAUGGUUUUCCAGGCGGCCUCCGACGACAACCUCCCCCUCUUCAAGGCGCUGGUCAUGGUGCUGGACAUGGGCAGGGGCUGCCCCAAGGAGGCGAUUGAGGGGUUGAGGGUGGAGGAGGCUGGGAAGCUCCAAGGUUUCAGCGCGCUGCACAUCGCCGCCACUAGAGGGAGCCUGCGGGUGUGCAGGUACCUCGUCGAGGAGCUGCUGAUAGAUGUGGAUCUGGUCGACAAGGAAGGUAGAACACCUCUGUUGUUUGCAACAUACCACAAUGGGGGUACUGCCGAGUAUCUUCUCGAUCAUGGUGCUGAUCAAGACAAAGCCAAUAAUGAUGGGAUUUCCCUGUUACAUUAUGCCGCUGAAUCAGGCAAUUGUGAAAUGCUAGAGCUUUUCCUUGCAAAAGGAGCUUAUGUUGACCCGGUAGCUGCUCAUGGAACACCACUUCAUGGUGCUGCUGGUGAAGGGCAAUAUGGUGCUGUGAAGAUUUUAUUGGACCACAAUGCAGAUUACAACAAGAUGGUAAAUGGUGUGACACCUCUUAUGGCUGCUAGAGAUGCCAACUCAACGGAAUGUAUCAAGCUCCUAGUUAAGGUUCAGGAGGAGCCCAUGCUUAAACGGGAAAUCGUGGCAUCAGAGCUUAUAUCACUAGGGAGUAUCUCUUUAAAGAAAAAAGAUUAUGCUGUCGCAGCAAAAUUGUACAGUCGGGCAAUGCAGCUUGAUCCUGAUGAUGCAGUCUUGUUCUCAGACAGGAGCCUUUGUUGGCUUCACAUGGGCGAUGGAAGAAAGGCUUUGCUAGAUGCUAAUAAAUGCAGAAAAAUGCGGCCUCACUGGCCAAAAGCUUGUCGCCGGCAGGGUGAAGCUCUGAUGCUACUGAAGGACUAUGAGGGCGCAAGUGAACGGUUCUUGGAUGGUCUCAAAUUGGACCCAGUGGACACUGACAUCGAGGAUGCAUUACGGGAAGCUAUGAAGUCCUUGAAGACGUCUAGGAGCACGAAAGCCAGGUUUGCAGGUCUUGUUUGAAGCUCACUCGCCCGCCGCGCCGUGUGCCGCGUCCACCAAUAGAUCGCAGCCUUCGCAUUUGUCUUGUUACGGUUUUGCUGAAUCACCCCCCACCCAGGGCUCUGCUUAGUGUUUUUACUACUCACGUUGGUACAGUGUACUGUAGAGACGACGGAGGAGAGGGAUAUGUUUUGUUGGUUUUCUUCGUCCUGUGGCUGCACAAGAAGAGGGGAGCUAGUAUAUACAGUAUAUACAAAACCUUUUAUGGUAUCAGCAAAUUGGUGUGCAAGUUAACAGUCUUUA